GGUGUUUUUUUUUGUUUUUUUUAAGGAAGUGGAGACCUUUAGAAGCAGAAGAUUUUUAGCUUUGGGGACGACGCUGAGGAUUAUGAUUUCUUUUUUUUUUGAGCACGGAAGACAUGACGAGGAUGGACUGUGCAUGGAAAGUUAGAUGCGGGGGGAGUAUUGUUUGGAAGUGAGGUAGACUAGAGAGUGAUUGAGAGAGAGAGAGAAAGAGAGAGAGAGAGAGAGAGAGAGAGAGAGAGAGAAAGGGAGAGGGAGGUGCAGCUGAGGCUCAAGUAGGAACUAUGACAGCCCAUGGACACUGGGCCAGACAAGGUGCGCUCGGCGAGGCGUUCGCCAGCUGAAACGGGAGCGAGACCGCGAACCAGCAUGGCCUCAGGCGUGUCCUUUAUGAUCACUCUGCUUUGCGUGGGCAGCCUGCUGUCCACUAUCACCUGGUACAUGAUUGACGACGAGAGUGCGGUGGCUUCUCACAAACCACCCCCUCAGAAGAAAAGUCCUUCUGAGCCCUCUGCACUUUGUAAAGGCUGCAGGAAACUGAUUGACGACGUGUUGAAGCGUCAUUCUGAAAACUGGAAGAAGAACGAGGAAAACCACCGAACAUUUACCUCCAAGCUGAGCAGCUCGUGUCGAGGGUUUGACAGGGCCGUCGUCACGCAGGCCAACACGCCCGUGGGAACCAAGAUUCAAUACGAUGGAGAAAGGGGCAGGAUACUGCAGGUGACGCCGGCCAUCUUCAAAACCUUCGCAAAAGAGCAUCCGUUCUCCAACCGGACGUUCGAAACGUGCGCCGUGGUCGGCAACGGAGGCAUCCUGAUGGACAGCGGCUGCGGAAACAUGAUCGACUCGGCUCAAUUCGUGAUAAGGUGCAAUCUUCCGCCUUUGAACGACGAGUACGGCAAACAUGUGGGCGUCAGGACCGAUCUCGUCACGGCCAACCCCAGCAUCCUCAAGGAAAAGUACGAAUCUCUGAUGGGACGACGGCGGAGCUUUGCGGAGAGACUGCAGAGCUAUGGAAAGGCCCUGAUCCUCCUUCCCGCCUUCUCGUACGCCUUCAACACGGGGCUGUCAAUGCGGGCGGUCUACACCCUGGACGACUUCGGCAGCCCCGCUCACGCCGUCUUCUUCAACCCAGACUACCUGCGCAACCUGUCUCGGUUCUGGAACUCCAACGGCCUCAAGUCCCACCGGCUCAGCACGGGCAUCAUGAUGGCCAGCCUGGCUCUGGAGGCGUGCUCCAAUGUGCACCUGUACGGCUUCUGGCCCUUCAGCAACCACCCGCACGGACUCUACCCGCUCACCAAUCAUUACUACGACGACAGGCCGGUAAACGCCAGGUUCCACGCCAUGCCCGUGGAGUUUGACCUGCUCCUCAAGCUGCACAGCCAGGGCGUGCUCAGGCUUCACCUCGGGGAUUGUCCAGCCAACCAAAAGAUGUGACUCAUUUGCACUGGGGGGGGGGGGGGGACACAUAACACUGAAAACCUUUUAAACCUUAAAGAUUAUUUAUUACUGCGGGUCAUCUAUCUUGAGUCUGGAGUAAUUGUUUUUAAAAGCCAUUCUGAGGCCUUAGAGGAGGUUCACACAGUGCCUUUUGUCACUCCAAUGUAACUUAUCUUGUUUACACGCUCCAUCAAGAUUGCAAACAUUUGCCGAAACGCCUAAAUGCCACUGUAUUUUAUUUUCACACGUUACAAUAUUGUGUAGCUUUCUUGUGACUGCGCUUCAUUGCCAAUGACAACUGUUCUGCUCUGGAAACCAAAAUGUCCUCAAUUUUGUCGUAUGAAGGAGAAAAGGUACAUACGACGAGUGUAAGAAAGGUGCCAGGACUGGUGUCACCAAAAAUAAAUCCAAUCCAAAUCAAAUUCAAACUAAAGGUUUUCCCCUUCAACGUAAUCCCAAACGCACAUUGUCAGCCUUCUCUGCCAGCCUUUCGUGUCUCCUGGAAAGAUUCUUCUGGAAUCUUCUGCACCUCCGUAGUCACGGCCAUCUUGAUGCCUUUUUCCAAACGGGUCCCCUUGAUGACCCCCUGUGAAUUUAGGACAGAGGAAGAAUAAUCACACGGAUGGCAGGUCUGGGGAGUAGCUAGGUUGCUCCAGCAAGCGGAUAGUCUUCUCUGUUGGGAAGUGUCUGAUGCUCAGGGAAUUGUUGAAGCAAAAAGCACAGGAUCCCUUUGUAGAUGGGCAGGUUGAUCAUCUGGCCCACACUGAAGGGGGAAACCCACGGUUUGUAGUUUGGAUGUGAAAUACCUUUUGGGCCGCCAAUCCUGGAACCUUUCUGACACAUCUUGUACAGAUCUUGUUACAACUAUAGUUAAAAAUUACGACUUUAUCCUUGCUACAUUACUUUUGUCUCAAGUAAUACAAAAUAUAUUUUUAUAAUUGACAUUACAUGACAUGAUGAUGUUAUUUUAAUAAUUUAGCAACUUUUUCACAUAACUUUAUUCUUUUACAUCUGAACAUUUCUGACAUUUUAUCGCAACGGUUCAACUUGUAACUUAUGGACUAGUUCUCAAAACUUUACCAUUUUUAAUUCUGGUACGACUCAUGACAUAUUUACUGUUUUCUCAAUUUUUCUACUUAUUGUAACUUUUGGACUUUUUUUCAUGAGGACAUGGUGGCUCUUUCUUACAACUUUGUGACUUUUCCUCCCAACCAAAUUCAUGACAUUUUUUAUUGCAAUUUCCUCUCCUAUCUUUUGUCUUGUAACAUUACGUAUCGCACCCACCGCCGGUAUCAUUGACUUUUAAAUUGCUACUUUUUCUGGCAACUUUAAGACUUUCUGAUAAAUUUGGUUCUCUCAAAAUUAAUUUUUCUUUCUCAUAAAACAACUUUUUAAUCGCAAAUUUUCUCAGUAAUUUUACUACAUUUUCUUGGAACUUUUUGACUUUUUGCCAAAGCAUUUAGACUUUUUUACCCUAACAUUACAACUUUAAAGCGCCAAUUCACGUUUUUCUUUUCCUUGUAACUUUGACUUUUUCAGGUAUUUUUAUCUUGUAAGUUUUUGUUUUUUUCCGAUUACAUUACGAUUUCCUUCUCGUAAUGAUACCAUUUUUUUCCUUCAUACUUUCUUUUCCCUCCAGGGUUAAUCUACUAUCUAAAAAGUGGUACUUGUUUUUAUUUUUUCAUUUUUUAUUUAUUUAAAUGCAGAUUGUAAUCAAUUGACAUAACUGUGAAUUGAGCACUUUGGGUUAGAAUUUGGGGCUUUAUUUUUCUCAAUAACAUGUUCAUUGUAUGGUUGCUAUCGUUCUUUGGGUCUGUUACAUUGAUUUUUAUUUUUUUUGUAAUGCCUGGAACACACCCACUCGCACACACAUUGGAGGUACUUGUAGGGACUAUUUAAUAGGCAAUAAAAUAAGCCAAAGUGCUCUACUGACAUGUGCCGACGUGCACAUUAAACGUCUCACUGAAGCACUGACAACAAAAAUAAAUGUUGUUUUCUUGAA